AUGGAAGAUGAGAGGCUAAAUGGGCCAAGUGGAGGGAGCCCAGAAAACCCAUGUGGUGUAAAGAGCAGUGCAAGUAGCAAUAACAACAGCGGCAAUAGCAAUUAUAAUAACAAUAACAAUAGCAAUAAAGAGCAAGAUAGAUUCCUCCCCAUAGCAAAUGUUGGUCGCAUUAUGAAGAAAGUGAUCCCAGGCAAUGGGAAAAUCUCAAAAGAUGCAAAGGAGACUGUUCAAGAAUGCGUCUCUGAGUUCAUAAGCUUUGUCACAGGAGAAGCUUCUGAUAAAUGCCAGAGAGAAAAGAGGAAGACCAUCAACGGUGAAGAUAUCAUCUGGGCCAUCACAACCCUCGGAUUUGAGGACUAUGUACAUCCAUUAAAGCUCUACCUCCAGAAAUAUAGAGAACUUGAAGGGGAAAAGCUAAAUGUUCCAAAGCAACAAAGAUUGGAACAAAGGCAGCUGCAGCAACACCAACAAAACCACCACCACCAGCAACCAGAACAACAAGAACAACAAACUUUAGUAUCUGCUUACGAUAAUAGUGUAUAUUCUUCCACCAAUCUCCUCUCUCAGCCAUCUUUCAUAGCCGCUGCCGCCGCGGAUCAUCAUCAGACAGCCUUCUCUUUGCCCUUCUCCCCAACUUCAAUUCAAAAACAAUUGCACCCACAAGAUCAUAUUGAUUCAGUGGGGCAUUGGUAA